UCGGCUGAGGCACGCGCCUACCAGAAGGUCCUUGGGAAGGAGAACCUGGUCCGCCGCGAGGCCCUGGAGGAGAAAGCCAGAGAUGGACCUUGCGAGGUUGGCCCGGCUCUUCUCUGGACUCCGCCCCGUAGGACUGUCUGCCUUUCAGCACCUUAACCCUCUCGGAGCCACUUGCACAGGAGGCAGGGGGGGGCCUGCAGGGCUGAGGGCUGCGGGGCUGACUCGAUCCUGCAGCAGCUCACUCUCGCAGCUCCCCCUUGGCCAGGGGAACGGGAACAGCACAAGCAGCCUAGGCUCUGACCCGAGCCAGCCUGACCCCGUGGCCUCUCAGGAGGAAGAGGAAGAGAGCUUUGGGACCCUCUCCAACAAGUACUCCUCGAGGAAAAUAUUCCAAAAAUCAACAGCCCAGUUGUAUAACCUACGGCUCAGGGAACAGAGUGCUGAAGACGAGGAAACGGAGCUGGAGCCAGAGAUAUGGCGGGGCCGCAGAAACACGCCUUACUGGUACUUCUUCCAGUGCAAACGCCUGAUCAGAGAAGGGAAGCUGGCCGAGGCCCUGGACCUGUUUGAGCGGCAGAUGCUGAAGGAGGAGCGACUCCAGCCCCUCGAGUGCAACUACACGGUGCUGAUCGGAGGCUGCGGGCGGGCUGGAUACCUGAAGAAGGCCUUCCGGCUCUACAAUGAUAUGAAAAAGCGGGACCUGGAGCCCUCAGAUGCCACCUAUACAGCCCUGUUCAACGUCUGCGCCGAGUCCCCCUGGAAGGACUCUGCUCUGCAGAGCGCCCUGAAGCUCCGGCAGCAGCUGCAGGCCCGAAACUUCCAGCUCAACUUGAAAACGUACCACGCGCUGCUGAAGAUGGCUGCCAUGUGCGCAGACCUUAGGAUGUGCCUUGAUGUGUUCAAGGAGAUCGUCCAGAAAGGACAUGCGGUCACAGAGGAGACCUUCAGUUACCUGCUCAUGGGCUGCAUCCAGGACAAGAAGACAGGUUUCCGAUAUGCCCUGCAGGUGUGGAGGCAGAUGCUGAGUCUGGGGCUCCAGCCGAGCCAGCAUGGCUACAACCUACUCCUGGGGGCAGCUCGAGACUGUGGCUUGGGGGACCCGGAGGUGGCCUCAGCACUGCUUCUGAGGCCCAGGGAGGAGAUGGUCAUGCUCCAGCCCCUGGCACGUGGGUUUCGGGCAAGGAGGAGAGCCCGGGCCCGGGUGGGCGAUGGCGUGUCAGUCAGGCUGCAUGUGGAGGCCUUGGAGAGGCAGCUGUUUCUGGAAUCUUCUCAGGUGCUUGAGAGCCUGCCAGAGCCUCACGAAGCCAGAGCCCCCAGCAAGGCCCAGCCUGAGGUGGAAACGAACACAGAGCCUGACCACAAGAUGGCCCUCACUUCCUUGGCCCCAGAACCUUCUCCCUGCAGGCUGGAGGCUAACCUCCUGACCUUGGGACCAGUCUCCCCAGCCGUGGUCUCCUUUGGGACUGUGACCACCCCAGCUGACAGGCUGGCCUUGAUGGGGGGCCUGGAGGGCUUCUUGGGCAAGAUGGAAGAGCAUGGGCUCCGACCCAACAUCAAAACCCUCACGCUGCUGGCUGAGGUGGUGGCGCCUGGGAGUCCCUCAGAGUCGUCACUGCUGACCGUCCUGGACACGUACCAGGUGGAAGCCGACGUGACGUUCUUCAACACCCUGAUGAGGAAGAAGAGCAAGUCUGGUGAUCUGGAGGGGGCAAAGGCACUGCUGCCACUCCUGGCAAAGAGGGGCAUUGUCCCCAACGUGCAGACCUUCUGCAACCUGGCCAUCGGGUGCCACAGGCCAAGGGAUGGUCUGCAGCUGCUUGCAGACAUGAAGAAAUCCCAGAUGACCCCCAACACGCACAUCUACAGCACCCUCAUCAACGCGGCCCUCAAGAAACUGGACUACACCUAUCUCAUUGACAUCUUGAAGGACAUGAGGCAGAACAGGGUCCCUGUGAAUGAGGUGGUCAUCCGCCAGCUGGAGUUUGCCGCCCAGUACCCGCCCUCCUUUGAUCGGUACAAAGGGAAAAACACCUACUUGGAGAAGAUUGAUGGCUUCCGAGCUUAUUAUAAGCAGUGGCUGAAAGUGAUGCCAGCAGAGGAAACCCCCCACCCGUGGCAGAAGUUCCGGACCAAGCACCAGGGGGACCAAGACUGCAUCACAGAAGCCGAUGUGGACGGAGGCCUCGGAGGCAGGUGAUGGGAGGCGCUGGGCCUCCAUCCGAGCUGGGACGAAGGGCGUGUUGUUUACAGAGCCCCGCGGGAGCCCCAGGAGCCUCUCCGCAUCAGGCCUGUGCAUGUCCUCGUGUGGCCUCAAGCCUGAGGAAGGGUCUAGUGCGGAGUGAGCGCGGCAGCGUUUUGCAGGCAUUGGUAUGAGGACACACGCUGGGCCCAGGGUGCCUGACGAGUCCAUGGCAGGUCCGAGAGCGGCCUGGCAUCCGUAACAGACCGUCUCCCGUCAUCCUCGUCUGGGAGGUGGCCGUCACCACAGUGAUGAGGAAAGUGAACUUGCUCACAGUCACACAGCAUCUACAAGGUAGAGUCAGGAUGGAGGCCCGAGGGGACCAGUUUCUAGGGCCUGGCGCUCGUGCACUGGGGCCCACAGACUGCUGGCUCUGGGAAAGAAUAAAUGCUGGACCCAGAAGGUUUAAAAAUUUUAUUUCUACAAAUCACAGCUGAGAAACACCAAAGCCUUUGCACGUAGAGGCCGAGCUCCAACUCAGACCAGGAGCACUGCUCUGCGAGAUGAGCUGCUCCCGGGAAAGGGGGUGGCGCGCCAGGCAGAAACCCGCGACGUCCGAAGUCCAGGGCGAAGAGGGGUCAGGGCCUGAGGGCCUCAGCCGGAGCAGCCCCGGCAGCCGCAGUGCGUGCACUCGAUGAUCCGGCCCUGAAACAGGACAGCGGAGACGCUACACUCCCGCCACGGGCCACCCCCCACCUCCACCCCCAACAAGGUGGCCACCAGACUUCACUGUCUGCAGGACACGCCUCACAAAGCCUUCUGUGACAGAUGCCAACACUGAAGCUACACCUCUGUGCACUUAAUUUAUGCAGUCACUGUACGUACAGGCCCCCAGAAGGGAGAAAAGUCUGUGACUGACUCUUAUUCCGUGAAGUGAGCAUGAGCUACCCUGCAGUGAGCGGGAAGUGGGUCCGCUACUGCUCACGGGGCUCAGGGCCUCUGGGCUGGGGAAUGUUCUAGUAGAGGCACAGGGGCAGAGGAUGUGCACUGGAAUCUGAAUGGCAGAAGAGUCUUGCCCACUGGGCCGGGUGUGCCCGGAUGUCCGGCUGAGGGCCUGCCCAACAGAAGGGCCUAGAGCAGUGGUUUCUGUGUAUUUUCCUUUGUUCUGUUUUUUUGGAGGAGUAAGACCCGUAACUAAAUGCACAAGAUCGGA